GUAUUGAUAGGCUGUGUUCUCACAACAAAACCAAAAAAUCAUUUCCUCUAUUACCCCCUAUUAUUAUUUGUUCUCUCUCAGCUCCUUCUUUUUCAAUUCUGCAACAUUCUGAUACAACUUCUAGUCUAUCUCCCUCUUCUCUUCACUUUGCCCAUCCCUCUGCCCAUUAUAGCUUUUUGAAGACCACUACUGACCAUAGUCCUAUAAAAGGAAAGAAUUAUUCUAUACAGACAAAUGGACAUUGAGUUUCUAAAGUCCAUUUCUGAAGACCAAACCGAGAUGAUGAUGUUGAUGCAGCUUGAAAAACUCCCCGAUUUCAGCGGUAUCUAUGGCGGCGAUGAUCAUCAGAACCCAACAACCGAGUUUUUGGAACAAGGAAGUAGCAGCAGCUCAGCCAACUUGAAUAAACACAUGUCACAUUUUAUUGAAGAGUCGCCUUUGGGUUCACAUACAUUUAUGAACCAAUCAUCAAAUAAUACUAUUUCAUUCACUAGUCCAACACAAAGUCAAAGUGGUGGUCAUGAGAUGCACAAAACUAGUACUACUUCAAUGGCUGCAAUGAGAGAAAUGAUAUUUCGUAUUGCGGCUAUGCAACCGAUUCACAUUGAUCCUGAAUCGGUUAAGCCACCUAAAAGAAGAAACGUCAAGAUAUCAAAAGAUCCACAAAGUGUAGCUGCAAGGCAUAGAAGAGAAAGGAUUAGUGAGAGGAUUAGGAUACUUCAAAGACUUGUACCCGGUGGUACUAAGAUGGAUACGGCUUCUAUGCUUGAUGAAGCCAUUCAUUAUGUCAAGUUUUUGAAGAAUCAAGUGCAGACACUUGAAAAAGUAGGUGAAAACCGAUCCCAGCAGCAUCAUUCAGCGGCUGGGAUCGGUUUUCCAGUUCCCAUGUCGAGUGGGAGUUAUACUCCCAUGGGAACGUCUGGAAAGGCUGGUCAUUAUCAACAAUCCGCGGGGCAAAAUGUCCAGCAUUAUUUAGGUGCUUAAUUAGUUAAAACGAGAGAAAAUAUUACUCUAUUUAUGAGGUAUUAAAUUAUAUAUUUGUGCUUAUUUGAGAGGCUUGAUUUGAUAUUAGAGGGUUGUUUUUAUUGACCUUUACGGAAAAAUAUCAUAGCAACGUGAAAUCUUAGGAUAUGGAAUCCAUGCAAGUUGUACUAUCCUUUUUUAAAAUAAUCAUUAUGUUCUCUGGAAAAGGACAUAUGAUUUUUAAAUGUUGUUGUUUUUUGGGAUAUUAGAUGGUUUGAAUGGAUAACGCAAUCGAUAUUUUUUAGAA